UCUCGAAGAUUAAGAAAAUGAACAAACCUCCAGUUUCUCUGUUUUACUGCUUUAAUGGUUGGUUCCUGUCAGUGGGUGAAGACAGAGAACCUGAGAGAACCAUCAGCAGAGGAGGUUAAAAAGAAAAUGAAAAGCAGUGCUGGUGUUGUGGUCUCAGCAGCAGAGGAACACCCUGGUGUUUUUAAUCUUGGUUUAAUGACUUUAUGACCUUUUCUCAUCUCCAAGCAUCAGUGACUUCUGCGUCAGCACUUCUUCACUUCUGCAGAUGAUGAUGAUGUUUUAUUUACACUGUUUUUAUUCCAGUGCAGUUUCUGAUCACACAUAAUUGAUGUGAGUCUGAAGCUGCAGCAGAAAGAACUGCAGUACUAGCUGGUCCACGUACUGACGAAUACUGUGUGAUCUCAUACAUAAACAAUGCACGGAUGGACAUGUGAAUGUCGAAUGACGAUGCCAUGCCUGCCCCCCAAAUACAUGAAGGUUGGUUUAUCGUUCCCAUAACAAAAUCCGUGAUAUUAGCUCACAAGCUAAAGUCAGCAGACUGAAGGUGGACUACGAGAUAAAACCAAGGAAUCCACAGAUUUUUAUAGACCAUGGAAUAAUGGAGGUAACUGCCUCACUAUCCUCAAAAGGUCCAGUUACACGAUCAUUUGACCAUUCCGUGAAUGUCUGGUUGUAUUCAGCAUGCCACAACUGUUUGCCGGACAUUUUUGGUGAACCCUAAAGGCAUCUGUUUCCACGUGACAACUUUCCAGCCAAUCGUACUUAACUAAAUGUGAGCUAAGAAUGACGUCCAUGCUUUGGCCUCAGAACUAUGGGCAUGAUUGGCUGAAUAUCUGCUGUGUGCCCGAGAUGGUUCGGCGGGGUCCGGACGGGAGUCGAUCGAAGAAAUUGCUAAAAAUUGGAAACAAAUAAAGGAUCAAGGGAAGAGGAAAAAGAAGAAUAACCAAGUGACAAUAAGAGACCCUCGAGGAGGAGGAGAGAAGGCAGUAAAAAUGAGUUGGUUCAGUAGCAAAGCUCUGACUCUGCUUUCCUCUGUCUUUGGAGCCUGUGGUCUCCUCCUGGUGGGCGUGGCGGUUUCAACAGACUAUUGGCUGCUGAUGGAGGAGGGUGUGGUCCUGCAGCAGAACCAGAGCAUGGAGGUGAAGAUGGCUCUGCAUUCUGGUCUAUGGAGAGUCUGCUUUGUAGCAGGACCAGAGAAGGACAGAUGUGUGUCCUCAGAAUAUUUCCUUGAGCCAGAGGUUGAGAUUACAACAGAAAACACAGCCAACAUCCUCAAAAUGGUCAGAACGGCCACGCCCUUCCCCAUGGUGUCGCUGCUCUUUGUCCUCACCGCCUUUGUGGUCAGCAGCGUGGGACACAUUAAACCGAAGUGCACCAUUCUGGCCUUUGUCUCUGGAAUAUUCUUCAUCCUGUCAGGUCUCAGUUUGGUGGUGGGUCUGGUUCUCUACAUCUCCAGUAUUAAUGAUGAGGUGAUGAACAGACCAAGAGAACCAGAACAGUUUUUCCACUAUCACUAUGGCUGGUCAUUCGCCUUUGCUGCGUCAUCCUUCCUGCUCAAAGAGGGGGCAGGAGUAAUGUCUGUUUACCUCUUCAUGAAACGCUACACUGAGGAAGACCUCUACCAUCCUCAUCCGACUUUCUACCGUCCUCGUGUGUCCAACUGCAGUGACUACAGCAGGCAGUUCCUCCACCCUGAUUUCUGGCCUCCUCAACAGCGAGGUCGUAGCUCCUCAGAUUUUUCCUCCGACAUCUCCAUCCAACUCAACCAAUCUCCACCCUCAAAGGCCUGGCCCAAGUACUCCAGUGGUAAAGGAGGAGCACGACCAGGAGGAUUGUCUCAGCCAACUCCACCCACCUCCUCUGCUCCUUCUUCUUCAGCCAGUUCCCAUCUUCAGCUGCAGACGGCAUCCUCCUCCUCCACCUUCUCUUCCUGUCCACAUCCUCUCCACCCAGAUGCUACCUCCACCUUACCUAGGGCCUAUCCCAACCCCAGUGGGCCCCCAGCCUUAACCCUGCCCUGGGCUGCUCCUCCCUCAGCUGUUCCUCCUCCUCACUAUCGCUCACACAUGAGAAUGAGAGCCUCCCCCUGCUAGGAGUGAGCAGGAGCUUGUGUGGUGAAGCAACACACAGAGGGAGGGACAAACAACAUCUACCAAUAGGAUGUGGACAACAGUGGAGUCAACAGGGGGUCAACAGUCAAACAGUUGACCCACUUGCUGUGAGGCAGCAGUAUCAUCCACAGCUUCACAGUGUUGUUUUAUCAGAUGUGAUCUAAGAGUUUUAAAAAAAUCCAAAAUUAUUUCAUGUCAGUCUGUGACCAUUCAGGCCACUCCAUUAGAACAUCACACGGAACCGUUCCUCUGUCCUGUCCUCAGGUCAAAGGUCAACUCUCUCCAGUCUUAUUGACCUGUCAUUGACUAAAAUUGACUAGAACCUGUCAACUGUCAGACUAGGUCCUCCAGUGGGAGUCAGUGGAGCAGCACUGGACAGAUCCUUAUGUUCACUUUGGAGACUAGAGUCUAGAAUCUUUAUUAUCACCAUGAAAGACAUCAACGGAUCGUUGUUUAAAUUGAAGCUGGUCUUUAGGUGGAACCGAUGGAGCAGUGGGAGCUGGUGUGGGAGCUGGUCUUUCUGCAUGAUGAUUGGAGGAACUCUUUCAGAAGCUUUUCCACUAACUAUUUAAAAAUACAAAGUAAAGUUCUGAGUUCCUAGUACUUUUUCUUCUAUUCAAAAUAACAAUAAUAAUAAUAAACAAGUUUCUGUUAAAAGUUCCUGGUACUAUUUCAUAUGGUUAUACAACUACUGGUUUGGAUUGGACAAAGAUGUAUUUCACAUCCAUGAAUGAAAUCACUUCGAAGAACCAUAUGUCCUGUCAUUGUCUUGUUCUCAUUGUAGGUGGCGCUCACUAACCCUACUGCUGACUUUGUGUCAGUACUCCAAUAUGUUUGUCAAAUCAAAA